AGAGACAAUCAACAAAAAUGAGGAUCAAAUAUCUUGAAGCAGCACUGAGUCAAGAUAUUCAGUUCUUUGACACUGAAGUCAGAACUUCAGAUGUUGUAUAUGCGAUCAAUACUGAUGCUGUUAUGGUUCAAGACGCCAUUAGUGAAAAGCUAGGGAAUUUUAUACACUAUAUGGCGACAUUUGUAUCUGGAUUUGUGGUGGGAUUCACAGCAGUUUGGCAAUUGGCGCUUGUGACACUUGCAGUGGUGCCUUUAAUUGCGAUAAUUGGAGCUAUUCAUACAAUUACAUUAGCGAAACUGUCUUCUAAGAGUCAAGAAGCUCUUUCGGAAGCUGGAAAUAUUGCUGAGCAAGUGUGUUUUUUUACUUUUAUAUAGAUAU